AUGAGUAAUAAUCAAGGUAGACAAGGAAAUGACGAUAAUCAAGAUAGCCAAAUAAAUAUUAAUAAUCAAGGUAGCCGAACAAAUGACAAUACAUAAAUGCAAAAUUAAAAAGUUAAAACAUAGAAAGAUUCUUAAGUUAUUAUUCCAAAUUAAAUUUAGAAGUUGAAAGAUAUUUAUGAUGUGGAUACCAGAUAUAUAGUUUAUCCUUUAGGGCCAUAUGAAGAUUAGGAUGUAUAAUGCUAUGUUUUUAACAUCUUUAAUUAAUAUCUCAAGUAAAAUCUAUCAUUUUGUGAGACUGAUAUAGCUUUAAAAGGUUAUAAAUAGAGAUAUUUUGCCAAAUUACAGCCAGAAGUAGAUAUUAUUUUAGUUCCAAAAAUCAUUGAAAAUAUUUUAUUACCAAUAAGGGAACACAUUAACUAAUUUACAGAAAAGGAUAAGAAUCUGGAUAAUCUUUAUGAUGAAACUAUGGCUUUGAUUAAAUAAUUGAAUGCAAUAAAAAUUGACUGA